UGCCGCCUCCCUCUCUAUUCCGGCCCCAAGCAAAUAUAAUCCCAGGAGCAGGGAAAGAAGAAUAGGGAAGGAAUAGCCGGAUAGCUUCCUCUCAAACGCUUUCGUCCGGUAUCCCCCCCCCUCCUCUCCCUAUCCCUGCCUUCCUUGUUAGGGUUAGGGUCAGGUUUCUAUUUCGAAGGUCACGGAACGGGAUCCGAGAUCGAGGGUCUGAGCGGAUCCUCGGACGAUGCAGCCGGCCUCCUUCGAGAGCUCCCGCCCCCGCAAUGACCGGAGGACCGGAGCCGGCGGUGGCCCCCGUCCCCACCACCGCGCCUCUGCCGGUGGAAGCCGUCAGGAAUGGGUCCCCCGCGUAUCCGCCCCCGCCGCCUCCAUCCACCAGCCGCCGUCUUCUGGCGGUGAUUCCACCAACGUCCCCGGCCCUAAUCUCGGGCACCACCGCCAUCGGAACCACCACCCGGCACGUCCGGCCUUCGUGCCCCGCCCCGCGCCCCCGGCCGCAGCGCCGCAGGACGGGGUGGAUCGCGCCGCCGUGCCGCAGCUGGUCCAGGAGAUCCAGGACAAGCUUGCGAAGGGGGGCGUGGAGUGCAUGAUCUGCUACGAUAUGGUCCGCCGAUCUGCUCCGAUUUGGUCGUGCUCCAGCUGCUUCGCGAUCUUCCACCUCCCCUGCAUCCGGAAGUGGGCCCGCUCCCCCACCUCGGCCGACACCUCCGCCCCUACCGCUGCCGCUGCCCCCGAUGGCGGCGGCGGCGGGUGGCGAUGCCCCGGGUGUCAGUCGGUGCAGGCCACCCCGGCCAAGGACCUCACCUACACCUGCUUCUGUGGCCGCCGCCGUGAUCCUCCGAAUGAUUUCUACCUCACCCCUCACUCGUGCGGCGAGUCUUGCGGGAAACCCCUCGACAAGACUCCGCCAUCGUCUACCGAGGAUGACGACAGCCGUUGCCCCCACGUCUGUGUUCUCCAGUGCCACCCGGGCCCCUGCCCGCCCUGCAAGGCCUUCGCCCCCCGGCGGCCGUGCCCGUGUGGGAAGAAAACCAUCGUCCGGCGGUGCUCCGAUCGCAGCACCCCGUUAACCUGUGGCCAGCUGUGCAACCGCCUCCUUUCCUGUGGGCGCCACCGCUGUGAUCGUGUCUGCCACACCGGCGCUUGCAGCCCCUGCCGUUUCCUCAUCUCCGCCUCAUGCUUCUGCAAGAAGAAGACUGAGGUCGUGAUUUGCGGCAAUAUGGCGGUGAAGGGUGAUCUCCUGGAGAUGGACGGGCUCUUCUCGUGCGAUUCCAUUUGUGGGCGCACACUCUCUUGUGGGAAUCACCACUGCAGUGAGAAUUGCCAUCCGGGCCCAUGUGGCGAGUGUGAGCUCUUGCCCGGAAAGAUCAAAACUUGCCGCUGUGGAAAAACUGAAUUGAAGGAGGAGAGGGAAAGUUGCUUGGAUCCGAUCCCUACCUGUCCGGAGAUUUGUGAAAAGCUCCUCAUUUGUGGGCUUCAUCGAUGCAAAGAGAAUUGCCAUGAGGGGUUCUGUCCGCCGUGUUUGGUUCAGGUCGAUCAGAAAUGCCGCUGUGGAUCGUCGAGCCGGACCGUGGACUGCUACAAGGUUUCAUCAGAAAGGGAGAAGUUUGCUUGUGAUAAGCCAUGUGGUCGGAAGAAGAAUUGCGGGAGGCACCGGUGCAGUGAGCGCUGCUGCCCAUUGUCCAAGCCAAGUGCCCAGCUCUCAGGGGAUGAUUGGGAUCCACAUCUUUGCUCGAUGCCCUGCGGGAAGAAGCUUCGAUGCGGGCAGCACUCGUGCCAGCUACUGUGCCACAGUGGCCACUGCCCGCCAUGUCUCGAGACCAUCUUUACUGAUCUUACCUGUGCUUGUGGGAAGACAUCGAUCCCACCGCCGCUCCCUUGUGGCACUCCAGUCCCUUCAUGCCCCCACCCUUGUUUGUUCCCCCAACCUUGUGGGCAUUCAGCCUCGCACACCUGCCAUUUCGGGGAUUGUCCACCAUGUUCGGUCCCCAUGGCGAAGGAAUGUAUUGGAGGGCAUGUGUUGCUGAGAAACAUACCUUGUGGGUCGAAGGACAUUCGUUGCAACCAGCUCUGUGGUAAGACUCGGCAAUGUGGAUUGCAUGCUUGUGCGAGGACUUGCCAUCCUGCUCCUUGUGAUACUUCGGGUGGCUCUGGCUCUGGCUCUGUCUCUGGGUUGAAGGCUUCGUGUGGGCAGGUCUGUGGUGCUCCUAGGAGGGAUUGCAAGCAUACUUGCACUGCUCCAUGCCAUCCUUUGGCACCCUGCCCCGAUCUGAGGUGUGAAUUCCCUGUUACCAUCACUUGUUCUUGCGGCCGGCUAACCGCCGGUGUGCCCUGUGGAGCUGGAGGCAGCACAAGUGGGUUCAAUGUAGACCCAGUGAUUGAAGCCUCUAUCAUUCAGAAGCUCCCUGUUCCUUUACAGCCAGUGGAAGCCAAUGGGAAGAAGGUGCCUCUCGGACAGAGAAAGCUCACCUGUGAUGAGGACUGUGCAAAGCUGGAGAGGAAACGGGUCCUUGCGGAGGCUUUUGACAUAACUCCCCCUAACUUGGAUGCCUUGCAUUUUGGGGAGAAUGCUACAGCAUCAGACUUGCUUGCUGACCUCUUCAGACGAGAACCGAAGUGGGUCUUGGCUGUCGAAGAGAGGUUGAAGUUCAUGGUGCUUGGAAAAGCCAGAGGAGGUGCUUCGAGUGGCCUCAGAGUCCAUGUCUUCAGUCAUAUGGUGAAGGAGAAGAGAGAUGCUGUUAGGCAGCUAGCUGAGAGAUGGAAACUCUCAGUCCAAGCAGCAGGUUGGGAACCGAAGCGGUUCCUUGUAGUUCAUGUUACACCGAAGUCCAGGUCUCCUGCUCGGAUCCUGGGCUCUAAACCCGGCAUUCCGGUAACUGCUUCCCAUCCACUGGCUUAUGAUCCCCUGAUCGACAUGGAUCCUAGGCUUGUCGUUGCAAUGCUAGACUUACCCAGGGAUGCAGAUAUAAGUGCAUUAGUUCUGAGGUUUGGUGGAGAAUGUGAGCUGGUGUGGUUGAAUGACAAGAAUGCCUUGGCUGUUUUCGGGGAUCCAGCAAGGGCAGCGACUGCUCUAAGGCGGUUGGAUCAUGGGUCUCCUUACCAGGGUGCUGUAGUGGUUCUUCAUAAUGCUGGGGCAUCAGGUCCUUCGGCGAGUAAUGCAUGGGGAAUGGGAUUGAGGGAAGGGGGAGUGACUGCAAAGAGCAGCAAUCCAUGGAACAAGGCUCUUGCCUUGGAAUCAGAUUCAUGGGGCAGGGACUGGUCUGGCAGGCCAGAUGCAGCAGUGCCUGUGCCUGUGUGGAGAGGCAACGCAGCUGCCCCAAUCUCAGCUUCAUCAAACCGGUGGAGUGUUCUCAAUUCAGAUAUGGGUAUGAAUUUGGUGUCAUCUGACUCAGUGGAGGAUCGUGGUUCGGUUCCUGGGUUGGAAGGUGGUGUGGUGAUGGAUUCAAGAGCAGCAGGUGGUUUAAGUUCAGUAGGGCAGGGUAAUGGAGUUGCCAACGUUGAGAUGCCUGAAGAGGUGGAGGAUUGGGAAGAAGCUUAUGAGUAAGAGCAAAGCAGGUUUUUGGAAGUGUGCUUGCUUCCUUGAAUCUUUUUGUUGCCUUUUUUUUGGAUUGGCAAGAUUGUCCAGAAUCAGUGCUUGAUGUGAAGUGUUAUACAUGGGUGGUUAUAUACCUAUUGUGCAUCUGAAGUCAUCUUAUUCAUUCCUCUAUGGUUACCUUUUUGUCCUAGUUCAGUGGGGAGAAUCAUACAUUUUGUUUUAAUCAAAUUGCUGAAGUUCAUCUUGUCUUGAUUACUAUUUUCUUCACACUCGGUAUCCAAAUGUUACAUUUUUUAAUAUGAUGAAUGAGGAGCUAUUGGUUCUCUUCA